AUGCCCUCUAUCGCUUCGAUGAUUAAAGGGAAUAAAGUGGUUGUUUUCUCAUGGGUCACUUGCCCCUACUGCGUCCGAGCAGAGAAGUUACUUCACGCACGCACUAAGGAUAUUACCGUACAUUAUGUGGAUAAGAUGAGCGAAGGAGAACAACUGCGCGGUGAGAUUUACCAAGCAUACAAACACGAAACGGUUCCCGCCAUAUUUAUUAAUGGAAAUUUCAUUGGCGGUUGCAGCGAUUUGGAGGCCCUUGACAAAGAGGGAAAACUCGAUGGUUUGCUGAGCUAA